GCCAUGGCCGCAGGCAAAAUCUUCGAUGCCGCGCGCGCACCGCAUGGGAUCCGUGCUACAGUGCUCGGUCAAUCGCGACAUCGCACCAAACAUUGACUGGCUUUUUCUUUGCAAGCAGGCAGAGAGAGCGAGCGAAAACCGCAGGGGAGACCGAGAGGACGGGGAUGGGGAUGGGGAUGGCGAUGGGGAUGGAAGAGCAAGAGACUGCGGCCAGGGAAUGGCUGGAAAGCAUCAUCGCCAAGAGCCAGAGCCAAGACGCCGCCGGAGAGGCGGUCUGGAAAGGCGGCUUCUUCGACUCCCUCUCCCUCUCCGACCUCCGCAUCUCCCGCCUCCAGGUCGGUCAAGCCCUCUGCUCCUUCCGCGUCCCCGCCCACCUCACCGACGGGGAGGGGAAUUGGCAGGCUGGGGCCAUCGCAACGGUGAUGGACGACGUGGGGGCGGCGGCUAUCAUGACCACCGAGGGCCUCAUCAAGAUCUCCGUCCAGUUCGACAUCUCCUACUUCUCCCCUGCCCGCGCCAACGAAGAGGUGGAGAUCGAUGCACGGAUAUUGGAGCACAAAGGGGGCAGAAGGCUGACGGCGGUGGUGGUGGAGAUCCGGAAGAAGGGGAACGGCCAGAUAGUGGCCGUGGGAAGGCAGUGGAUGACAUCCGGCCGCCCCCUCCAUAGCAACCUAUGACAAUUCUAUAAUUGUAUGAAGGAAACCUUACUGGAAAAACGAGUGCAAGUCUGGCAAAUAUAGUUAUCAAUUGUGCUAGAGGCAGGCUUUUUGCUGAAUUGUCCCUGUGAAGUAGUAAUCCAUCCAUAUAUUCGUAAUUAAAAGGAAAAUAACUA